CUGUGCGUAGAAGUUGCUAGUCACAGGAGCCACAAUGGCGUUUGUAGUGUCCUUCAGAUAGGGCUGUGGAUGAUAUUAAAUCCACUAGCAUCGCCCUAAAUAUAGGCCUGGUUGAUUUCCAGAGCCAUUGAUAAUAAACUGGAAAAUCUACUGCACACGAAAAUACUAUGAUUUCUUGUCAAUAUUGAAUUUUAUAGAGGAUAAAACUAACAUUAAAGGGAAUAUGUAAACAGUACCAACCGGGUCAAGUUUUCAUUUUGUUCGAGAAACGAGCGUCUUUAAAUGAAGACAGCCGCUUGUUUCUGAAUGCUAAGACCGUAAUUUUGUGGAAUAAAAACACCUUUACUUAACUUGGCACCGGACAAGGACACCUUUCACAAAGGGACUUUUUUCUUUUUUACGAGUCAGCUCGCUAGCCGCCAAGCGCUAGCUAGCGGUGCUAGCUAAACUGAGACGGAGGCGACUCCACAAUGCUCCGUUGUUUGUUUGGAUCUUUUUUCUUCUCUGACUAAAUCGAAGCACAACACUUUGCAGCGGCUGGAGACCACCUUGCUAUUUUUCUUCUUUGAUGAAAUAAGUUGGCGAUCUAAAAGGAAUGAAUUGGCUUUGAGGAGGACUGGACGUGAGCGGCCUAGUGGGUUCAUUCUGUGUAUUUUCUGCCCUGCUUUUGCUUGGUAACAUUUUUAUUUUUGGUAUUUUGGAUAUCUGCUGUUCUCUUGUGAAUGAAUUGCCUGGACCACCGAGGCCCAGUCGCAGGAGAGGUACCGACGCCGGCGUGAGGGAUGCCUGGGUCGGACCGACACCAUGGGACCAAGAGGAAGCCGGAAUCUAGCAACAGCGGUGUGCCACACCAGACUCAUACCUCUGCGGGAGAAAAGACGAGCAAAGACGGCAAGGUGCAGUCAAAAUCUUCAAUGUCCUCUUCCUCUUCUAAACGUAAACGGCAUAAAUCAAACAAACAUAAUAGGGAAUCCUUGGCGACACCGGGACCAGAAUAUUUUACCCUAGGCGACACGGCGCCACCUGGUGUCAACGCAGUGAAGCCUCUGGUGGAGUACGAUGAUAUCAGCUCGGACUCGGACACUUUCUCGGACCCACCGUCCUCCAGACCCUCUGAGAGGGGCGGUGGGUAUCGGCUGGAGCCCUCACCGGACUAUGGUAGGGACGAUAUUGGCAGAGAAACAGACAGUAGAGAGGACAGGGAGCACAGACAGUCACGAAAAAAGCCCAAGGACCCAAACAAAGUUAGAGACCCCGGGAAUGGGGAACGAGGGUACAAGAAAAAGAGCAGCAAAGACCGAGAGAAAGGGAGUUCUGGAAAGGGCAAAGAGAAGGCCGCCACAUCGACCUCCUCAUCCAAACGCCAGGUGCAGCCGGAAGGUGAGUCAAAACGCGGGGAGCUCAUGCUCUCUUCACAGCUACAACCUGGAGCCAGUGUAGGCAGCACCACUUCCUCCACAUCUUCAUCUCGCAGCAAGGAGAGCAGCCGCUCAGGGAAGUCUCGCAAAGACAAGCAACAGCGCAGAGAGGGUCGAGAGGGGGGCAGCCGAACCUCCUCUCAGAGGAGUCGCGCAGACGGGAGCCACCGCAAGUCUUCAAAGAGCCACAAAUCAAGCCCUAAGGGCAAGUCUUCAAGUAGAAGCAGCCCUCGCAGGAAAGGCACCAGUUCUGCUCUGUCGCCGAGUCCCAGAAGAGGGGCUGGCAGCGAGAGUCCACUGGGCAGCGGGUAUGGGCAGCAGGGGGAUGACAGCUACUCCAGGAGGAGGAUCGCCCAGCAGAGCCCUAGUCCCUACAGGGAGUCUUCUCGCCGCAGCAGACAGAGAUCAGACAGCCCCUAUGGCAGCAGACACAGGUCCUCCAGCUACGAGAGGGACAGCAGCCCUUACUCAAGGAGACGAUCUAUUAGCCCUUAUGGUAAUCGGAGGUCCUCCAGCACCAGCCCCAUGUCUCGACUGGAGCUCAAGACCAAGAACGGUUAUGGCAGUGUCAGGAAAGCCAGACGCUCUGGUCGCUCCAGAAGUCGAUCCCCUCUGCACUACUCCUCUUCUCGUCGCUCCUCCUCUCGUUCCCGAAACAAGCGGCACACUGCCUCCAGUGGGGUGGGGGGCAGCUCUCACAGCAGUCGGCCUACAAGCCGCUCCCCUCCGUCUCGUCUGCCACUUAACUCUAGCCUGGGAGCGGAGCUGAGCCGAAGGAAGAAAGAGCGCCAGGCUGCUGAGGCUGCAGCUCGCGCCAGCGGCGCUGCUUCACCUGCACCUCCAGCACGGAAACCUGGAGGCUCCUCCUCCUCCUCACGACCCACCAAAGCAGAAGCUUCGCAGCCAGAAAAAGAAUCGGUGUCAGUAGAAGAAACAUCUCUGCCCCCACCUGUGCCCUUACCCCAAGAGGAGCCAAGUGGUGAAGAUCAUGCUCCUCCACUUUCCUCUUCCACCUCCUCUCCUGCACCCCCUCCUCUCCAGCCCUCUCCUCCUGUGCCACCUGUUCCAGGCACACAGGUUCUGCCACCACUACCCCCUCAGGCAGAAACAAGUAGUCAGCCUCCUGCACCAUCAACUACAUCCCAGGCCAAAUCUCCAGCUCCCCUUCCUACACGCAGUCCCAUUCGCUUGACACCACUCUACAAAACAUCAACUCUCCCUCCCCUGCCUUUACCACCUGCACUGCUGGGAAACACUCAGGACAGUCCAAAGAAGUCCACCCCACCUCAGAAGCUACAUAGGAAGGAUAAGGACAUUCGUGGCCGGACGUCAAUCAUCGACCUUCCUUUACCACCCACUCUACCUGGAGGAGAUGCCUCACCUCCACAGUCACCCAUUCGUCAGGCUCCACCACUCCCCCAGCCAGCCCUUAAGAAGAGACCAAAGAUUUGCUGUCCACGAUACGGUGAGCGCAAACACACCCAGAGUGACUGGGGCAAACGCUGCGUGGAUAAAUUUGACAUAAUUGGCAUCAUAGGGGAAGGAACCUACGGCCAAGUGUACAAGGCCAAGGACAGAGAUACUGGUGAACUUGUGGCUCUGAAGAAAGUGCGUUUGGACAAUGAAAAGGAGGGUUUCCCCAUCACAGCAAUUCGAGAGAUCAAGAUCUUGAGGCAGCUCAAACACCGCAGUGUUGUCAACAUGAAGGAGAUUGUCACCGACAAGCAGGAUGCUCUUGACUUCAAAAAGGACAAAGGUGCUUUUUAUCUGGUGUUUGAGUACAUGGACCACGACCUCAUGGGCCUGCUGGAGUCAGGCCUGGUCCAGUUCUCCCAUGAGCACAUCCGCAGCUUUAUGCGCCAGCUGAUGGAGGGUCUAGACUACUGCCAUAAGAACAACUUCCUUCACAGAGACAUUAAAUGCUCCAACAUACUGCUUAACAACAGAGGUCAGAUCAAACUGGCAGACUUUGGUUUGGCCCGUCUUUACAAUUCAGAGGAAAGUCGGCCGUACACUAAUAAAGUAAUCACACUAUGGUACCGCCCCCCUGAACUCCUGCUGGGAGAGGAGAGAUACUCUCCAGCCAUCGAUGUAUGGAGCUGUGGAUGCAUUCUUGGAGAGCUUUUUACCAAGAGGCCCAUCUUCCAGGCCAACCAGGAGCUUCUACAGCUGGAACUCAUCAGUCGUCUUUGUGGGAGCCCUUGUCCAGCAGUCUGGCCUGAUGUCAUUAAGCUUCCCCUCUUCAACACCAUGAAACCUAAGAAGCAGUACAGACGGCGACUGCGGGAGGAGUUUGCUGUUUUACCGACUCCUGCCCUGGACUUGCUUGACCAAAUGCUGACCCUGGACCCUUCAAGGCGCUGCACAUCAGAGCAGGCACUUAACAGUGACUUCCUACUUGAUGUUGAGCCCAGCAGGAUGCCACCACCUGAUCUUCCUCAUCACCAAGACUGUCAUGAGCUGUGGAGUAAGAAGAGAAGGCGAGCCCGACAGAGCGGGCUGCCCAGUGAUGUGCCUGUGCCCAAAGUGCCCCGUAAGGAUGUGACAGAAACCUCCGGUGGAGAGAACAGCAGGGCUCAAAGCAGCCCACCUGGAGCUCCACCGCCUCCACCAGGAAAGCCACCCUCCUCAGCCAACUUAGAGCGCGAGUUGUCAGGCCUGGGUGCUGCUGCAGAACAGCUGAACCAGGCAGAGCUGGCGGUCCUGCUUAACCUCCUCCAGGGACAGACAGACCUCAGCCUGCCUCAAGUUGCCCAGCUCCUCAACCUCUCCAACCCUGAGACCCUCAGCCAGUCCCUGUCAGCACUCAGUGAGGCGUCUGACCACCAGGGGGCUCCAGAGGACCAGGCAGCUGCCAGAUCUAAGCCCCCGGAACCGCCUCCUGAAGCGCAGGAACUUUCGCCGACAUCCGGAGAUCCAAUUCUGAGCCAGGAAGACCAGGCCAACCUGUUGGCUCUCAUUUUAAGCCACAUGAUUAAGCCACAAACCGAGGAGCAAGGCGACGAGAGCAAUGGCGUCCAGUCAGAGGAGGCACUAACGCACGAUUCAUCCGCCUCCACUGCUGAUCGCAAGGAUGUUGCCACAUCAAAAAGAAAACCUUUUGGCACUAACCUGGCGCCCCUCUCUGCUGAGCAGCGUCCACCCUCCCCACCAGGGCCGCCUCCGUCAGCUAGCCUCGAGAGCAAAGAGCAGCCUGGCACUGAACCCAGCCAGGACAUAAGCCCUACCGUAGCGGCUGCCUUGCUGCAGCUCAUCUCUAAGCAUGACUCUGAAGCUGAGGUCCCUCAGUGCAGCAGUAAAGACCCAUCUCCUGCUGCAGACGCACCAGCCCAGGGACAGCCACCUCCACCCUGGGUGGCAGACUCGCCGCCUAAAUCCUCAGCCACUGCUGCCUCAGCCACUGCUGAGGCUCGAUCAGGGCAGGAGACCACUGCUCCUACCACUUCAGGACAGUUCCCCAAGGACCAGGACCUCCGCUUCUCUCAUGGAGCUGCAUGCUGACCCUCUGUCCUUCUGGUUGGACAGAGCUGGUGGCUGCAGAGAGACACCUACAGAUUAGGACUCACUGGACCACGAGCAGGUAGCUAAAGUUGACUCACAGAUCUUUCAAAUGAGUGUCUGUAAGAAAGAGAUUAAAGGCUUUAUCAGGUCAUGAACAUCACUGCCCCCUGAACAAGCUGUCUUGUCAUACUGGACGGGGUGUCUGAUCCCAUUCCUUAAUACUCCUGUUAUGUAGAGUCACAACCUGCAGUGCUUUGCUUUUUCUUGUCAGCUAAAGAUCCUGACUUCAGUGAAGUUUAGCCUCCAAACUGAGAGCCAUUCUGAGAAAGCAGCCUUGCUCCCCCCCCCCCCCUCAAAACGAUGAUUGUUAAGCCGACUGUAGUGCCGUCUUCUAACAACGCUCUCAUGUUUAGAGGAAAAAUCACCACCCCCACACUCUUAUGAGGUUUUGUCUCUGACAACCCAACAGUAUUUCAGCUGAAGCUUAAAUACUUUUAAAUACUGGGUAAAUUUGAGGCAUUGAUAACAUGGAAGAACUUUGGGUUUUCAAUUAAACCUGCUGGCUUAUGCCCGCUUUCAGCCUAGUGCCUCCUUAAUGUCCCCAACAACCUCCGAAUGAUCUCAACUUGGUGGGGAAAUGUGGAUUAAGCUUUUAAAGGCACCUACAUCCGUGUACGCCCACAGGAAUAAAGCCUGUCUGUUAUGAACUCAGCUGAACUGCAACAUGUUCUUAGCCCCUCAAAAGAUCUCAUCCCUUUACAAACAGCAAACUUCUGCAUCACAAGCUUCAGCCUGUAGUGCUCCAUUUUUCUGUCUCUAAUAUUGAUUCAACCACUGCAUUGUGAUGGACUGCUCCAUUAUACAAACUCUACUAUUGAAGAAAAUCACUAGAAACAUACACUAUAUACACAAACAGACUAUUUCCAUUUUUUCCCUUGUUGGCUUUGAAAGCCCUUGUAGAAUAUGUUGUCGCCUCCCUGCCAACUUGUGCUGCAAAAGCGUUUUUUUGUGCAGUUAUUUUCUACAAAAAAAUCCAAAAACAAUGGUCCAUUUUUUUUUUCAGUUUAGGUUUUUUUUUUUUUUUUUGCUUUGGAAAAGGAAAGGAAGAAAACAUGGCUUCACUUGUCUGUAAAAAGAAAAAAUAUUUUGUAAUAUGUGUUUUCUUGGUUCAGUUUAUUAAAGGAAUUGAUGCGACCAGUUGAAAUGUCUCUUAGGCACUUCUCUCUGAAGUAGCACAGUAUGCACUGACAAAGGCUACGGCUCAAAUUACAGGAUUUCCUGAUGAUGGAAAUUGUAUUCUCAGUUAAGGAUGCAUAAUAUUUUAUUUGUGCCGUUAUCUGAUGUACUUAAUAUGCUAUUUCCACACUUACUUUAAUUGAUACUAAUAAAUGCACACCUUUUUUUUUUUAUUUUGGUAAAGAGCACCAAGUCUGUCUAUUUCAAAUGUAAAACAGGCCAUUUGAUUCAACAAUUUUUGAUGGAUCUCUUCUUUUUCAGCUACAGAAAUUCAGUGAAGAAAAACAAAGUAGUUUCUUUGAAUAACUAUACAUUUCAUGCCAAAUAUAUUUUUAAUAGUUGCAGUGAAGCAAACCUUUACGUGCCUUUUAGACAGCUUUAAACAGCCCUGUUGACUUACAGUCAGCUCUGUAGACACUUUAUGAAAAUGUGACGCCUCAUACGUAGAAUUAAAACGAAUUCUUCCGACUAUGACAACAUAAACAGCCAAUAUCUCCAUGACAGCUUAACUUCAGCCUGUUCUGACAGCCACUCUCACAACCGUUCAUCUGAGACACCAUACAGUACAUUUCUGAACGGAAAUUCACGCUAAAAC